AUGCUCAAUCCACCAAUACCUUAUGAGCAUCCGCGGUUCUAUUUCAGAGACGGCAAUGUCAUCUUCAAAGUGGAAGACACACUAUAUCGUGUCCACCGAUAUUUUUUUGACCGCGACUCUGUUAUCUUCUCUAGCAUGUUUACUCUACCACCCGGGGCCGGACAACGUCCAGAGGGAGAAACGCCGGAAUCCCCUAUCCUGCUCGAGGGAGUCAAAAAACUCGACUUUGACCGAUUUCUUACCAUCUUAUACCCAUCGAACUUUUUGACUCGAGACACACACUCUGCUAUUGAAUGGACCUCCGUUCUUUCCCUCGCAACGCGCUGGGAUUUUGUUUCCCUUCGGACCCUGGCUAUAACCAAGCUGGCCGCCCUAACCAGCUCCAUCUCCCCAGCCGAACGCAUUGCCAUAGCCCGUGCAUAUGACAUUCAGGAAUGGCUUGCACCCGCAUUUUUUACCCUCUGCACGCGCGCCGAAGCACUCACACUUGCGGAGGGUCGCUGUCUUGGACUAGACGACUCGAUCCGUGUCGGCCAAGUUCGCCAGGCCAUCCGCUACGCCUCGAACCUUAAUAGACAUCCCGAUUCGAUCGCCGAUUUUGUUCAGGAAAUGUUCGCAUUACCAGUCAACACUACAUAG